AUGCAUCACCGCAGCAUAACCAUCAAACUGCAUUCUCAAUUCGAUAUCGGAACGCUGCCCGAAUACUACCCCGAUCCCAAAGACGAUUACACAGCUCGUGGCAUCACCGGCUUCACGUCCGAGCUUUUCGACGACAAGACGUCAACAUGUAGCGUGUUUGUGCCCGUUGUGCCAGGCGGUACAUUCUGGAUAAGUUAUCUUGUAUCACCGCCAGUGCCUGAUGAGCAAUACUUCCUCUUCAAACUGUACAUCGAUGGCCUGCAAAUUAUGAACUGGUCGACCGGAAAAGCAGAGGGCUGGCGAGGGAAGACCAUGUUUGGUUUAUUCGAGAGCCCCGAAGAUGAACAAGGCAGGAAGAGGAUCGAAAAGCGCAUGCUAUGUUUUGCACCACCAGAGAGACAAGACUCAUGUGGAAGAGGAAUUGCAGAUACGUUUGACGAGACAGCCUGCAUUGAGAUACGAGUACAUCGCGCAGACGGCAGGAAGCGCAUCCAACGACAAAUAGAGGAGUAUAGCAAUACACAGCAUGCAAAGAAGAUCAGGGGGAUAAAUCUCAUCCAUGGUGGACGCGCCGGAUCAGAACAGCCAAAACGCUUCUACAAGUUUGCCCUCAUCGACCCCGUGGACCAGCCAUUCGCGACAUUCCGGUACUACUACCGCACUUGGAACCAGCUGCGAGACCUGGGAGUGCUUCGCCCAGACCAUAGUGGUGCGGGUGAAGAGGAUGGCCUUUCUGUGAUAGAGCCACUAGACGAUAGCGUGCGUAGCACAAGCGCAGACCAAGAGACCGGCAACGCCGUCAGCCAUGGACAGCAGGGUCGCAUUCCAGAUGGUAAAGGAGACAGUAAUGAAGGUCCAAGACCAGGACCUCGUAGCAAGAGAGAACAGGCUACGGCGACUUUCAGUCUAACUCGACGCCCGUCAGUCAAGACGCGCAAACCGUCAUACGUGGGACCAAGAAUGCGGCAGGCGGGUAAGACGGGACAACUGCGCUCAUACGUUCCAGUCGGCGCGCCCAGCUCCAAGACUGAACCAUCAGACAAAGAGUCCCAAGAGGAGGCAUCUCAGCGCCAUAGCGAUACGCUCAAACCGCCGCAAUCCUAUCGCCUCUCUAUUCCGCCUUCGAUCGCAUUGGAGCCUUCGGGGUUGAUAACACGGCCACUUCCAACCCCUCCACAGAAGAGCAGUUUUCCAUCAUCAUCAUCUACUGCUUACUGCCCUCCUCCAGCAAACCAUGUAGAUGACCGGGCAAAGUACACCCCCAGCCCUGUCAAGCCAAUCACGCAAAGGGCGUCCACACCGCCACCGGGGAAACGCGAAGAGCAGGGUCGGUCAGCUUCCUCGUUGAUGGGUAUCAUUGCGUCUGCGUGGAAGCAUCGGGGCAUACAGAAGCCUGAUGGAGCAACAUGUGCUGAUGGUUGUGAUGCCGCGCGCCGUUCGCAGUAG